AUGGCCAACUCAAAAUCCGCCUUCCUCAAUCCAGAUCGGAACCCGCUGUUACACGUCCUGGUUAGGAAACUAUGUUUUGAUCACUUUACCGCUGGUGAGACGGAGACCGAAGUUAGACAGACAAUCAAUCAUGUGAAGAGUCUUGGGUUCAAAGGCGUGAUUCUUGGCUAUGCGAAGGAGGCCCACAUCGCUGGCGUCGAUACUGACAUGGGUAUUCCCAAGUCUGCCCCCGGAGUCUUCGAGACCGAAUGUGUCAAUGCAUGGAGGGACGGCAUAUUAAAAACCCUGAGCCUGAUUGGCCAGAAAGACUUUUUGGCUGUCAAGUUCUCGGGCGCUAGCAAAGCCACACUGGAUGCACUGGCACACGGAGAAGACCCGCCGCAGAACAUGUGGGGAGCCAUGCUGGAAAUCUGUGAUGCCACCGCGAAGCAAGGCAGCCGACUCUGGAUUGACGCCGAACAGCAGGACCUUCAGCCCUCUAUUGACGAAUGGACGAGGCGGUUGAUGCGGAGGUACAACCAAGGCGACAAGGCACUUGUCUACACAACAAUGCAGAGCUAUCUAAAGCACAUGGAGUAUAACGUUGGCAAGCACCUCGAGAUGGCUCAGGCCGAGGGCUGGAUCCUCGGCGUCAAGCUCGUGCGCGGCGCCUAUAUUGCAACAGAGAGGCGCAACUUGAUCCACGACACAAUUGAAGAUACCCAUGAUGCAUAUAACAGGAUUGUCAAGAGCAUGCUCCGACAGGAGUAUCCAGGGGUGUCGCCUGACAAGAUUUACCCUCGCUCUGAGCUGUUCCUUGCCACACAUAAUGAGGACAGCAUCAACAAGGCAUGGUCUCUGCAGAAGUCGCUCCUGCAAGCUGGGAAGCCUACUAUAGAGCUUGGCUUUGGUCAACUUCAGGGCAUGGCCGACGAGGUGGGCUGUAGCCUGAUCCAGCUGUGCCAGGAUGAGAAAGCCGCGGACAAGACCCAGGCUUUGCAGGCCAUCCGGGAUGCCCAGUUGAUGGCCGUGCCGAACGCGUUCAAAUGUCUUUCAUGGGGGACCACGAGCGAAUGUCUGCAAUUCCUUUUACGACGGGUGCGGGAGAACGCCGAUGCGUUCGGGAGAACAAAGUACUGGGCCGUGAGUUUUCGAGAAGAAAUUUUGCGACGGCUUACAAGCCCGUUUUCUCUCAGAGCGAAGGAGCGCUCGCAACAAGGCAUUAGGUAG